UUCUAUACAUAAUGUCUGAAUCCCAAACUUCUAUAGAGCUUCCCAUCUUAGACAUUUCUCAGCCAUUAAACCCAUCUUUCCUGUCCUCCCUAGCGGAAGCCUGCAAAAAAUGGGGCUUCUUCCACAUCAUUAAUCAUGGGAUCUCCAAAGAUCUUUUUAGCAAACUCUAUUUGCUCUCAAAUGACUUAUUCAACCUCCCUUCUGACACUAAACUUAAACUUGGUCCUUUCUCUUCCAUCAAAACAUAUACUCCUCAUUUCAUUGCCUCCCCAUACUUCGAGAGCCUUAGAGUUUCUGGACCAAACUUCCUUGACUCUGCUCAAAGUUCUGUCAAUGCCCUCUUUGUCCAACAGAAUUCUGAAUUCAGUGAGAUAUUACAGGAAUAUGGAAGGAAGAUGGAAGAAUUGUCAAAGAACAUUAUAAAGGUAUUACUGAUGAGCUUGAAGGUUGGUUUUGGGAAGAAAGAUUAUGAAUCUGAAUUCAAGAAUUGUCAAGGGUAUAUGAGAAUAAAUAACUACUCACCCCCAGAGAGUUUGGAAGUUGAGGUUGAGGGGCUUGGCAUGCACACUGAUAUGAGUUGUGUAACAAUAGUCUAUCAAGAUGAAAUAGGAGGACUUCAAGUGAAAUCAAAGGAGGGGAAGUGGAUGGACAUAAGGCCAUGUGAAGGGACAUUGGUGGUGAACAUAGGGGACAUGUUACAAGCUUGGAGCAAUGAGAAGUUCAGGUCAUCUGAACAUCGUGUAGUAUUAAAGCAACCGGCAAACCGGUUUUCUCUUGCUUUCUUUUGGUGCUUUGAGGAUGAGAAGGUGAUCAUAGCACCAGAUGAAGUGGUAGGAGAAGGAAAUGUGAGGCUUUAUAACCCCUUUGUUUGCUUAGAUUACUUGAAAUUCAGAGAGAGCAAUGAGAGGGGCAAGUUUGAAAAGGUUGGGUUUACAGUUAGAGAUUUUGCUGGGAUUGGACACUAGAUUUGAUGGUUGAAUAUAUAUAAAGUUUCUUUUAAUGUAUGUACGUAUAUUUGAUCACUUUUUUCAUUAAUAAUUUAUGAAGAUAUUAAAGCUGCGACUUAUUGUGUAAAA